UUCAGCUGUGUAUUGAUUGUGCUUUAUAUCCUUGAUCUUCUCCCUCCACCGACCGUCUCCUGUGAAGCAUUCACUUGCUUCGUUCUCGCCCCCUCCGUCUUCUCAGCACCAAAAAAUGGCCUCCCAGCUCUCCCAGCAAUAUGCUUUCCGCGCGCAGAAGAGCAUGGGCCUCGUCGGCGGCACGCCCACAUACAUGCCAAUAGAGGGAUUCGCUGUCCCCGAUGUCCCAGCUCGCACAUACCACUACAGCCCCGACGGCCGUCUCUUCGCAUACGCGCUACCAACUGUUGUGCGGAUCUUUCUGGCUGAAGGCGCACAGUUGCUCCAAGAACUGAGUGUUCCAAAUAUCAUUGAACUCAAGUUCUCCCCGCGCGGAACAUACCUCUCUACAUGGGAGCGGCCAGUAAAGCUGGAAGAUGGCGCGCAGCACAAGAAUCUCCGUGUCUUCUCCGCGUCUACCGGCGAGGAGCUCAUCUCAUUCACACAGAAGUCGCAGGAGAACUGGGACCUUCAGUACACCAUGUCCGAGUCGCAUGCCAUUCGUCUUGUUGCUCAGGAGAUUCAGGUCUACCGUCCCGCUGAAUGGGGGAAGGGCAUCGCCGACAAGCUACGUGUCGAAGGCGCAUCAAUGGUUACCCUGAGUCCUGGACUGAACCCGUCCGUUGCGGUUUUUGUUGCUGAGAAGAAGGGCGCUCCUGCCGUUGUCAAGAUCUACGGCCUAUCCACCCUUUCUGGCGCUCCCACCUGCUCUAAAACUUUCUUCAAGGCUGAUCGCGCCCAGAUCAAGUGGAACGAUCUUGGCACGCAGGCACUUGUCCUUACACAGACGGAGGUCGACAACUCAAACAUGAGCUACUACGGCGAGACCGGUAUGUACCUACUCAGCGCGGCAGGUAAUUUCGACUGCCGCGUUACCCUGGACAAGGAGGGACCGAUCCAUGACGUUUCGUGGAGCCCAAACUCGAAAGAAUUUGGCGUUGUCUAUGGAUACAUGCCUGCCAAAACCACACUCUUUGAUCAGCGUGUGCGGACGCUCCAUGAUUUUGGAUCCUCUCCUCAUAACUUCAUCGCUUUCAAUCCGCAAGGUCGCCUCCUCGCACUUGCCGGCUUUGGUAACCUGGCAGGAAAAAUCGACAUCUUCGACAGGAGAACGUUAACGAAGAUCUGUACCAUCGACGCACCAAACACCUCUUAUUGCGAGUGGUCGCCCUGCGGCAGGUUCCUUUUGACAGCUACCCUGUCUCCUCGUCUUCGUGUGGACAACGGAAUCAAGGUUUGGCACUGCACUGGUGGACUUAUGCACGUCCAGCCAGUAGAGGAGUUAUACCAGGCAUCGUGGAGACCUACGUUACUCGAUCAAGCACCUCCGUUUGGUUCGACUAUCCCUGCCGCACCCCAGCCCUCAAUCAGUGUAUUGACUGCGGCUCUGACCGCUAAACCCGCCACACCCAAAGCUGCAGGUGCUUACAGACCGCCUGGCGCACGUGGCCUUGCAACGCCAGCGAUUUUCAAGCGCGAGGACGAGGGCGGUGCUCCCCGUAUGCCCACCGGUAGUGGCAGCGCAACACCUCCGCGGGGCUACAACCGCUCACCGAAUCCUCCCGGUAGCAUGGGGCAUGCUAACGGAGCCACGCCUUCCAACGGUAAUGGCCACUACCAGAACGGGAACGGGGGACGGAGGCAUGUACCUGGUGCCGCGCCUAAGACGCCUUCCACUGCACCUGCGCCAGGGGCAGAGGGUGGUGAGAAGAAGCCGAAGAAAAAGGGGAAGAAGAAAGAGAAAGGACCUGGGGAAGCAGGCUCGGGGGCUGCGACACCUACUGGAGAGGCGUCUGUGCGACCGUCUAUUGAUGUGACCGUAGUAGGGACGCAGACGCCCCAAGGUUCUGUUCCACCAACGCCGGGAGCAGAAUCGUUGGACCCUAUCGCGAAGAAGGUCCGGAAUCUUAAUAAGAAGCUGAAGGCUAUCGACGAGCUCAAGGAGAAAGCGAACCGCGGGGAGCGGCUAGAAGCGACGCAGCUCAAGAAAAUGGAGGGGGAAGCUGAGAUCCGCAAGGAACUGUCUAGUCUUGAGAUCACAGCCUAGACAUUUGAUCAUCAGCAUAUCACGACGCAUGCCAUCUCUCGAAUAAUAGGUUUUGCUGAACACACGUUGCUACCGUUAUGCAUCGUCUGACAUUCAAGU